AUCCCCAUAGCCUUGUUGGACACACAGUUGGAAGCCAUUCCUCACACAUACUCAUCUGCUGUGUCUUUUAUCGGACUCGCCUUGUUCGUCGCACCAGUGACCCUCCUUUCGCCUUCUUAAACAACCAACCUGGCUGCUCGUUGGAACCCUUCUCGCGUUGGAUACAGCCCCGUGAUGGAUCUCUCACCUCCAUCCUUGACCAGGUCGCCGGCGUCACCUCCAAGUACAAAUUGCUCCGAAAGCCCUUCUCUGGAUUAUCCUUCGCCGGAUUUUGUAGAUCCCAUCUACAAGGUCACCACUUCCAUGUUCGAUCAGUCUUGCGCAGCGAUGCCUUCACCACAUAUGGACUCCGAGAAUUCGCUCCCGCCUUUAGAUGCGAUGACCUCGGCCGGCUGGAGUGGAACUACCGUGAUACAUCCCAGCUCAACGUCGGGUGCGCCGAACAUCAUGUCGGCCGAAUACGACCCCUUCGCUCACUAUGAGCCUAACAUGCAUGCUUCGUAUAGCCACGAAUUAUAUCAGUCUCACCCGCAGGCGCCAGUGCUCUCAACUCACACUCCUCCCCCAAUGCAUUCAACUACUUCACGUUCGCCAGAUCCGUCUCAAAGGCACGCUUUUGGCUAUCCUCAUAGCGUAUCACCUAUGCCGCGGAUUAAGAUGGAAGGCGCCAAUGUUCCCACCACCGAUUAUGGUAGCGGGCCAGAAUUAUCUCAGUACCCCUCACCUCGUUCUGCUCACUCCUUGCCUUUGGAAGGUGGUGGCUACGCCUCCGCCGCUGGUAGUUCAGGUUAUCUCUCGGAUGUUCCCUCGGGCUCAUGGCCAAAGUCAGAGUAUCCAACCCUCGAGUCAGAACCUUACUACGCGGGGCCUAGCGUUCCGGGGCCUGCUUUCUCCCAUGACAGGCGACAACUCCGUGUGCCGAGGACCCAGCGGAGACAGCCCCGGAAGCUAACCACGAAAGAGGAGGCCAAUUUCCAAUGUGAAGUAAAGGGAUGCGGCAAGCUCUUCAGUAGAAGCUACAAUUUCAAGGCGCAUAUGGAAACUCACGACGAGAAGAGGGAAUAUCCUUUCCCAUGCACUGUUCCGGACUGCAACAAGAAGUUUGUGCGAAAGACGGACUUGCAAAGGCACAACCAGAGUGUCCACAUGAAAGAGAAGAACCACAGAUGUGACUAUUGCGGACGAAUGUUUGCGCGCAAAGAUACUCUACGAAGGCAUAUGGAAGAUGGUUGCUCUAAACGUUUCGACCUGGGCACUCUAGACUUACGUGCUGAAGGCUACAAUGCUUACCCGGCGCCAACGAGAACUCUCGGUAGCACUCCAGGACAUCUAGUUGCACCACCGGCUCAAUUACCGCCUAUGACCAUGUCCCAAGCUGGUAGCAGCAGCCUUUUAGCUCCUAUGCCCUUUACGAAAAGAUGAUGAAUUAAUUACGACGACUUAAAACGAAAUCGAAAAUAAAAAGGCUAUUAUACCAAUCGGUUCUACAGUUAUUGAUUGCUCUUUUUGCGCAUACCCACGGG